AUUUCCCGGAUGCAGUAUAAUAUUGUCGUUCGCAGUUCGUUUAUCAUCGAGCUGUGUACUGAAAUGCGGAGCAGAGUAGAUUAAAUCAAAGAACAGAAAACGACAUUAUAUAUGUCUCAUUUUCACCUGUCUUCGACAUAGCGUACUAUUUGGAAUCCAAUUUUUACAUUUUGUUUUCCGCCGUGAGUUCCCUCGCCAUUAGCCGCUUAGCUUUUAAAGCUAACUUAAGCUAAGUAGCUAAAAGGAGCUAACUCGGCUACGUUUUUUCUACUAAACACCUACUUAAGAGACACUGUAAGCCAACGUUCACGAAGAAGAAGUAAUUAUGGGCUCUUCAAAGAAACACAAGGAAAAGAGCCGCGACAAGGACACAGAGGAGCGCCGCCGUGAGCAUAAGAAACAUCGCCACAAGGACCGAGAAAGAGACUCAGACCGUGAUGGGACCCGGGACAAGGACAAACGCAAACGCUCCAGAUCCAGGGAGAGAAGCGGGCGUGAGAGCCGCAGUAAAGGCGAACGAAGCACCGGUGAGCCCCGUGUGAAAAAGGAGAAAGUAGAUCUUGGAUAUGAAGGGAGCAAUACGGAAAUUGAACCCCAGUCUGCAAGCGGAGAUGCAUCUCUCAGCAUUGAAGAGACUAACAAGCUCAGAGCAAAGCUGGGGCUGAAGCCUCUUGAGAUGAAUGAAACCAAGAAGGAGCUGGGAACUAAAGAGGAACCAGUUGUAGCAGAGACCAUUAACCCCAUUCUCAUCCAGCAGCAGAAAGACAUAAAGGAGAAGCUCGCAGCCAUGAAAGAAAAACGCAUCCUGAACCAAAAACUGGGAAAAGUCAAAACGCUUGCAGAGGAUGACUGGCUGGAUGACACAGCUGCUUGGGUGGAGAAGAGCCGAAAAAUGGCAAAAGAAAAGGAAAUGGCAGAGAAAAGAGCCAAACUCCUGGAAGAGAUGGAUGAGGAGUUUGGUGUGAGCAGUCUGGUUGAAGAGGAGUUUGGUCAAAGCAAACAGGGUGCAUACACAGCCAGAGAUUUAAAAGGACUCAAAGUACAACACAAGGUGGAUUCAUUUAGUGAGGGCCAGAGUGUCAUCCUGACGCUGCAAGAUAAAGGUGUGCUUGAAGAGGAGGAGGAUGUACUCGAAAAUGUUGGACUGGUGGAUAAGGAAAAGGCUGAAAAGAAUGUGGAGCUGAGAAAGAAAAAACCUGACUACAAGCCAUAUGAAGAAGAGGAGAGUGUGGAUGACAUGAUUGUUUUUAAAUCUCGCUCUGUGCUGUCAAAGUAUGAUGAGGAGAUUGAGGGGGAAAAGAAAAAGAGUUUCCGCUUGAGUGCAGGGGGAUUUGCUGAUGGAGAACGAGAAAGGGAGCUCCAAGCCAUGAAAGAGUCUCUAAGAAAUCAGGCUCAGUCUUUGGAAAUGCCUGCUCUCACUAUUGCCUCAGAGUACUACACACCACAAGAGAUGGUUGGCUUUAAAAAAACAAAACGCCGUGUGAAGAAAAUCAGAAAGAAGGAAAAGCAGUCAAUUGCAGAUGAUCUUUCCUUAGAUGAUACUCGUAGUUCUGAUUUUGGUUCCAGGACACGCGGUCGGGGUCGCAAACAGGUGGAUGAAAAUGGUGAGGAAAUAAAGGAAGAUGAAAACAGUUUGCCACCAGACAUUCCCCAAAUGUCUGAUGAUGUCAGGAUGGCAGAAAUGGACAUCAGCGAUGACGAAGACUUUGCACCACCUGAGCCAGCUGCGAUUGAGGAGGAUGAGGCUGAACAAGAGCUUCAGAAACAGCUAGAGAAACAAAGGAAGCUGAAGCAAAAGCAACUCCUCAAAGACUCUGGGGAGAAGGUGGCAGAGCAGCUGAAGAUGCUCAACAAAGGUGAUCGUGAUAAUGACCCUGAGAGAAGGAACAACAUUGUGUUCAAUGCUACAUCUGAGUUUUGCAGAACGCUGGGAGAUAUUCCAACUUACGGUCUGUCAGGAAACAGGGAGGACCAAGAAGACAUCAUGGAUUUUGAACAGGAAGAAGAAAAAGAUGAUGCUGGGGAUUCAGACUCAGAAAUGGAUGAAAAUGUUGGGUGGAGCACAGUUAACUUGGAUGAAGAACAGAAACAACCAGACUUUUCCACAGCCUCCACCACUAUUUUGGAUGAAGAGCCCAUUGUCAACUCUGGCCUUGCUGCUGCUUUGUUGUUAUGUAAAAACAAAGGCCUGCUGGACACUCAAAUGCAGAAAGUGGCCCGUGUCAAAGCACCAAAAGGCGCCCUGCCCAACGGCGACUACUGCAUUGAAGACAAGAUGGGCUUUGACGACAAGUACAGUCGUCGAGAAGAAUAUAGAGGAUUCACACAGGAGUUCAAGGACAAGGAUGGUUAUAAACCUGAUGUCAAGAUUGAGUAUGUGGAUGAGUCCGGAAGGAAACUCACUCCAAAAGAAGCUUUCAGGCAGCUGUCACAUCGUUUCCAUGGGAAAGGCUCAGGAAAGAUGAAGACGGAGAGGAGGAUGAAAAAGUUGGAGGAAGAAGCGCUGCUGAAGAAGAUGAGCAGCAGUGACACACCUCUUGGGACUGUGGCUUUGCUUCAAGAGAAGCAGAAAUCUCAGAAAACACCAUACAUUGUGCUUAGUGGGAGCGGAAAGAGUAUGAAUGCAAAUACCAUCACAAAAUAAAUAAAGUGUCUACCAGCAAUAUACCCAGAUGUUAACAUACAUUAAGUGAUUCUUAAGUCAAGUAGAUGCUUCAGUUGUAUGUUUAAUUCAUCCAAGUGUCGUUGUAAUAACACAUUGAACAAUAAAAUCAGAAAAAAAGA